AUGGCUCUGGGCCGAGCCGGCAGGCAGUUGGGGGCCCUGGUGUGGGGUGCCUGCUUGUGCGUCCUGGUGCAUGGGCAGCAGGCGCAGCAGCCGGGGCAGGACUCGGACCCGGGGCGCUGGCGACAGCUGAUCCAGUGGGAGAACAACGGGCAGGUGUACAGCCUGCUCAACUCGGGCUCGGAGUACGUGCCAGCCGGGCCUCAGGGCGCGGACAGUAGCUCCCGGGUGCUGCUGGCCGGCGCGCCCCAGACCCCACCACGGCGCAGCCAGGGGGGACUCCGAAGGCGACAGGCGCCGACCCUGCCCCUGCCCGGCCGCGUGGGCUCAGACACUGUGCGUGGCCAAGCGCGACACCCAUUUGGCUUUGGCCAGGUGCCCGACAACUGGCGCGAAGUGGCCGUCGGGGACAGCAUGGGCAUGGCCCGGGCCCGCACCUCCGUCUCCCAGCAACGGCACGGGGGCUCCGCCUCCUCGGUCUCGGCCUCGGCCUCGGCCUUCGCCACCACUUACCGCCAGCCAUCCUCCUACCCGCAGCAGUUCCCCUACCCGCAGGCGCCCUUCGUGAGCCAGUACGAGAACUACGAUCCCGCAUCGCGGACCUACGAUCAGGGCUAUGUGUACUACCGCAGUGCGGGCGGCGGCCUGGGCGCAGGGGCGGCAGCCGUGGCCUCGGCGGGGGUCAUCUACCCCUUCCAGCCCCGAGUGCGCUACGAGGAGUACGGCGAGGAGCAGCCGGAGUACCCGGCGCAGGGCUUCUACCCAGCCCCGGAGAGGCCCUACGCGCCGCAGCCGCAGCCGCAGCCGUCGGACGGCCUGGACCGCCGCUACUCGCACAGUCUGUACAACGAGGGCACCGCCGGCUUGGAGCAGGCCUACCCGGAUCAGAGCCCCGACGCGGUGCAGACCCCUAACGGCGGCACCUACGGUGGGGACCCCCGCCUCGGCUGGUACCCGCCCUAUGGCAAUGUGCCACCGGAGGCCUAUGGCCCGCCGCGCGCCGUCGAGCCGCAGCCCCCCUUCCGCAUGCUGGAGCCGCCCUACCUGCCCGUGCGCAGCUCCGACGCGCCCCCGCCUGGUGGGGAGCGGAACGGCGCGCAGCAGGGCCGCCUGAGCGUGGGCAGCGUGUACCGACCCAACCAGAAUGGUCGCGGUCUCCCUGACUUGGUCCCAGAUCCCAACUACGUGCAGGCGUCUACGUACGUGCAGAGAGCCCAUCUGUACUCCCUGCGCUGUGCUGCGGAGGAGAAGUGUCUGGCCAGCACAGCCUAUGCCCCUGAGGCCACGGACUACGAUGUGCGGGUGCUGCUACGCUUUCCCCAGCGUGUGAAGAACCAGGGUACAGCGGACUUCCUCCCCAACCGGCCACGGCACACCUGGGAGUGGCACAGCUGCCACCAACAUUAUCACAGCAUGGACGAGUUUAGUCACUACGACCUACUGGAUGCAGCUACGGGCAAGAAGGUGGCCGAGGGCCACAAGGCCAGCUUCUGCCUGGAGGACAGCACCUGUGACUUUGGCAACCUCAAGCGCUACGCGUGCACCUCUCACACACAGGGUCUGAGCCCAGGUUGCUAUGACACCUACAACGCUGAUAUCGACUGCCAGUGGAUUGACAUAACCGAUGUGCAGCCUGGGAACUACAUCCUUAAGGUUCAUGUGAACCCCAAGUACAUCGUUUUGGAGUCUGACUUCACCAACAACGUGGUGAGAUGCAACAUCCACUACACAGGUCGCUAUGUUUCUGCCACCAACUGCAAAAUCGUCCAAUCCUGA